GCCUGUCCUACCGAAAACACACGAGAAGAAGAAGAAAAAUGGCAGUUCAGUUUUCUGCAUGGAUCUGACCUGCAAGUGAAAACUGCGCCUCUCUUUAAAAAGCUUUUGAAAGGUGUUUAUGUUGAAAUCUUGUGGAUUGGAAACUAAUUAGAGAUAUGCAUAUGUGGCGGUUUUAGUUUUUGGUUGAUUUUUUUACCCGGGCUGCUGGCAUCUCUGUCCUCUUGUAAAGUUCCCUAAUGGUUUAUCUGCUCCUGUAACUUGCUUUGAGAAAAUUACAUGUAGUGAAGGCUUUCGGUGCCGUAAGAUUGCAAGGAGCCAUGGCCACUCAAAGAGUCCUCCCACAAAGUAAAGAAACUCUGUUGCAAAAUUACAACAAACGUCUAAAAGAUGACAUCAAAUCUAUCCUCGAUAACUUCACCGAAAUCAUCAAAACAGCAAAGAUUGAGGAGGAGACGCAGGUUUCUCGACCAACCCAAGCAGAGCAAGACCACUAUGAAAUGCACGUCAGAGCAGCCAACAUUGUUCGAGCUGGCGAAUCCCUGAUGAAGUUGGUGUCCGACCUGAAACAGUUUUUGAUUUUGAACGACUUUCCCUCCGUGAAUGAUGCCAUCAGCCUCCAGAACCAACAGCUUCGCUCACUGCAAGACGAGUGUGACAAGAAACUCACAUCCCUCAGAGAUGAAAUCGCCAUUGACCUAUAUGAGCUAGAGGAAGAAUAUUACUCCUCCAGGUACAAAUAGGAUCAUAUUUGCUCCCAUUUCAUCUCCCCUUUACUCGCUUGCAUAUAAUCAUGUCUCCUUUUGCACUCACCACCAGUCAAAGGGAGUAUCACUCAUUUAUGCCUUUUUUUUCAUACCAUUGUUCAUUUUUAUACAGAAUUUUACAUAGUAUAUAUGAGUAUAUAUUUUCAACCUGAACAUUUAUAACAUUGUAGUGCAUAGGCAGCUGAUACAGUUAAAAGGAAAAUCAAUGUUUAAAUGUUUGUGCUAUGCCUUUUACUCUAUUGUUAAAAAACAGAAAUUGCAUAAAAAAUUUAUUGUACUUAUUAUUUUAUUUUACUUCAUUAUUCAAAAUAAAACAGAAAAGUUAAUUUAAAAGUUAAAUUUUAAAUUUUCAACAAUUCAGGGGUUACAAUAAUAUAAGACUAAACAUAUUUAUAAAUAAUAUAUUGUAAACUUGCAAAGAUGUUAUAAGAAUAUAUUACAUUCCCACAUUGACUUUAUAAUAUACAUAUAAUUCAGCAUCUAGUUCUUGAGAACAAUUUUGUUUGGGACUUUUUUUUUUUUUUUUACAUUUGAACUCUUUCUUAAACACAAAUGGCUCAAGCUGUAUCUUGCAGUGUCCAUUCAAGUGUAACUAAUAAAAGAGACAAACCGCUGUA